UGCAGUAGAGCUGAAUUGAAUAAACCAAAUUGGCACAGUAUGUAAGUGUUUACGUGGAGAUUUACCACAUAGCCAUUUGCUGCUAUGGUUGGCGGUUCAUUCCACCGUGGCAACCCCUAAUAAUCAAGGAAUAGGUUGAGCGAACAAAUUCAGGGGAGUUCUCGAGACUCCUCAGGUUCCUAUGUGUAGGUUCAGUAAAUUUACUUUUAUGACAGAGUAAGUUAUAUGUAUUGCCUUUAAUGUGAAAUAACUGACCAUAAAGAUAGGAGGCUGAGAAAAACGCUCAUUUUAGAAGAACAUUUGAGAUGACACUUAAAGGUUUUUGCUUCAGAACUCUUCAUUUGCACCACUGUUAAUGUGUAUAAAGGAGUCAGUGGCAGAACGCAGUCAGUCAUGUGUAGUCAUAUACAGUAUGAGUGCCAGAAAGCAAAGAUAAGAGCUGCUCACAUACGCUCAGCUGCUUCCACACAGCUGUUGAGAAAGAGCCACGAUGAGGCUACACCAGCUUCUCAGCUUCGCCUCAACAUGCAUGUACGUGUGGGGUGCGAUUUUUCGGCCAGACCACCGUAAUGAAAAGUGGAGCCAUUGUGAAGGGCACUUUUACAAAGGAUGGGCCCACGUUCUGCUGCUUCUUAAAAAAGCUUCUGCGGACUUUUGCUGCAGGUGUCAUGAAGAAAAAUGUGUUUCCAUUGCUAGCUUUCCAACCUUAAAGUUCGUGCCAGUUUUCUGGGCAUAUCAAAUAGGCCAUUUGGGGGUCUCCGAUUUAUCAGAGCAGGAUCUUCUGAAGAAUAUCGCGACAUGGUUUAUAUCACCAACGGUAAUUGGAGAUCUGCUGAGAGGAAAGAUGCACGCACUCCCGCUUCGAGUCACAUCAAAACCGUCCUCAUCAACCACACAUGUAUUAAGUGGUGUGUAUCAACUCAAUGAGAAACACAUGGAUAAACUGGGCAACUGGCAAAGCGCAGGAUACAUUCGCUGGAUCACGUACCACCACACAGAUAAUAAAGGCUUUAAUUUUGAAGGGGCGCUGGUCCAAAACAGUCAGGACAGAUGUAGGUGGAAAUGGAUGAAGUUAAAGCAACUGAUCGCGAUCCUUUCUGGAGUCUUCAUGGCCAAACCCAUGCAAAACCUCUUCGAUCAUAGAAACGUGGGACAUUUCGACUUCAAAGGCUUAGAUGAAAUUCCUGAUGGCUUCGAGAUCUGGGAGUAUUUAGAUGCUGUGAUGCCGUGUGUAAAAAAAAUGCAAGUCAAAAAAGCAGAACAGAACACUACGACCAGCAAACCCCCCUCAACAUCAGACAGGAUAGCAGGCAUUUGCUCUGUGCUCAUUCACCGUACCAGCUCUGGUCUGAAGAGAUGCCUUGAGAGGGUGAUGUUAGAAAAAGAAGAAUAUACCACCUCUUCAUCGCUCUUGCAUUCCUCAGUCAGCGGAAAACCACAUAAUGACAGGUCAGAGUAUUGGACGCGAAGCCCUCUUCAAUAAAACAAAGUCAAUAAUCACAGCAAAUACACCACACAAAAAGACAAAGCACAGUUGAAUUCAUUGCAGAAGAAAACAUUAAUUUUGGCUAUUGAUCUGAACCACUUAGUGUAGGACCUGCAGGAUGAGAUAAAUAACAUGUAUGAAACGGCACAGAACAAUCAUGGAUAAAAAAACACAUCAUACCAAAAUUACAGGGGCAAUUUUACCAAUAGGAAACGUGCACUGUUGAUUCUGUCUUAUAUGAAGUUCAUUAUUUCUCUGAGUUAGGGCUCAAUUGUGUAUACCUUUUUGCCCCAAUCCAUUUGGAAAUAUCAAAAAUCAUGUUCUUGAUUCAUAUUUUCCUUGUUUGUUGACAUAUUGUAAUUGUUAUAAAUCAAUGUUUAUCACAUUGUCAUUAAGUCAAUUUAAAGACAAUAAGUAAACUACUGUAUGUAGAUGACUUUUUGUGUCUGUGACUUAAAAUGACAAAUAAAUCACUUUCAAAUCAAACCUUUGUAAGUUUCAGAAUUAUCAUUGCAUGGGGAAAUACACAUAACGAUUGGAAAUGCAAUGGGGAACAAA